AUGUUAUAUAUUGAAGCUUCCAAGCAGUUAGGUCAUGGUGCUCUUGCAUUGCUAAUAGACUUAUUUUGUAAUAGCUCAACAGGAGGACUUAAUUUUGGAACUCUGGGCUCUUCCACUGCUACAGCAACUACAUCAGCUCCUUCAGUGGGCUUUGGGAGUGGACUUUUUGGAUCAAAACCAACCACUGGCUUUACACUGGGAGGCACCAGUACAGGAACAGCAACAACUAUUGCUACAGGACUGACACUAGGUACACCUGCCACCACAGCAGCUACCACAGGCUUUAGUUUAGCUUUCAACAAACCUGCAGGUUCAGCCACGCCAUUUGCUUUACCUGCUGCUUCUACCUCAGCGAGUGGCCUGUCAUUAUCAUCUGCUCUUACAUCGACUCCUGCAGCAGGAACUACUGGCUUUACUUUAAAUUUGGGUGGCACAACUGCUCCAACUACAACUGCCUCCACAGGCCUUUCCUUAGGAGGAGCUUUAGCAGGUUUAGGAGGUUCACUCUUCCAGAAUACAAGCACAGCAGCAACAGGACUUGGGCAGAAUGCUUUGAGUUUGACUCUGGGGACAACUGCGACUCCUUCGACUACUGCCAAUGAAGGUCUCGGUGGCAUUGAUUUUAGUAGUUCUUCAGACAAAAAAAGUGACAAAACCGGAACAAGACCAGAGGAUAGCAAAGCCCUAAAGGAUGAAAAUCUACCUCCAGUAAUCUGUCAAGAUGUAGAAAAUUUACAGAAAUUUGUGAAAGAACAAAAACAAGUUCAGGAAGAAAUUAGUAGAAUGUCCUCUAAAGCAAUGCUUAAAGUACAAGAAGACAUUAAAGCUUUGAAACAACUUCUGUCUGUAGUUGCCAGUGGAUUACAAAGGAACACUCUUAAUAUUGACAAGCUGAAAGUGGAAACUGCACAGGAGCUAAAGAAUGCAGAAAUAGCAUUGCGAACACAGAAGACUCCUCCUGGUCUCCAGCAUGAAAAUACAGCCCCAGCAGACUACUUCAGAAUCUUGGUCGAGCAGUUUGAAGUACAGCUGCAGCAAUACAGGCAACAAAUAGAAGAACUGGAAAAUCAUCUUGCUACUCAAGCAAAUAAUUCACAUAUAACUCCCCAAGAUUUGUCUAUGGCUAUGCAGAAAAUCUAUCAAACAUUUGUAGCUUUAGCUGCACAACUUCAAUCAAUACAUGAAAACGUAAAG